AUGGUUAAGGUUUUAGGUGAAGGGAUUGAUUGCUCUAUAUGUUUGUCGGGUUUUGAAAUUAGCGAGGAAGCUAAGGAGAUGCCUUGUAAACAUCAUUUUCAUUCGAUUUGUAUUGAUAAGUGGUUGGGGAUAAAUGGAUUGUGUCUGAUCUAUAGGUAUAAGAUGUCAGUGGAUGAACAAUGUGAGAAGAAAGAUGAAGAAAGUGGUGGAGAUGAAAGAGGUGAUGAUGGUGGAAGUCAUAUGGAGGAAGAUGGUGUGAAGUUUAUUUUUCAUGUUAUCAUUACACCAGAGACUACACACUUAACAGUGUCGAUAACAGAAGUGCAUAGGCAUUUUGAUGAUAUGUUGUUAGAGGUUGGAGAUUGCGUUGUAUACGAAGUUGGAAAUGGCGAUGUAUCCGAAGUUGGAAAUGGCGAUGAAUCUGAAGCUGGAAAUGGCGAUGAAUCUCAAGCUAGAAAUGUAUCCGAAAAUGGAGAUGGCAAUGAAUCCGAAGCUAGAUAUGGCAAUGUAUCUGAAGCUCAAGAUGGAGAUAGCGAAGAAGACGAUUAA